UGCCUCUGAAGCUUGUCAGUUUUUUAAAACUUACCUGCUCAGACGGCGGACUGAGUUUUGAUAGUCCGCCAACCAUGACCCGCCAAGACUCAGCGGCCCCAGCGGGAAGCUUGAGCGUCCAGGGCCCCUCAAACCCCGGUUACAACACCAACCCUGUGCCGGUACCUGUGAUCACACAGACGGACACACGAGACAAAUGGAGCAAAAAGAUGGAUUUUCUUUUAUCAGUCAUUGGCUUCGCGGUAGACUUGGGAAAUGUGUGGCGAUUUCCAUACAUUUGUUACCAAAACGGAGGCGGGGCUUUCCUAAUCCCCUACAUUGUCAUGGCGAUUUUUGGAGGGGUGCCACUCUUUUACAUGGAACUGGCACUGGGACAGUUCCACAGAACUGGUGCCAUAUCCAUAUGGAAACACAUAUGCCCCAUCUUCAAAGGCAUUGGGUAUGCGAUCUGUGUUAUCUCGCUCUACGUCUCCUUCUACUACAACACCAUCAUCGCCUGGGCACUCUUCUACUUCUACUCAUCCUUCGCCAGCGUCCUGCCCUGGACCAACUGUGACAAUGCCUGGAACACUGAAAACUGUACCAACUACUUCCUGAAAGACAACGUGACCUGGAAUAACUACUCCAGGUCACCUGCUGAGGAAUUUUACACGAGGAAUGUUCUGGAAAUCCACAAGUCCGAUGGGCUACGUAACGUGGGGGGUGUUCGCUGGCAGCUGAUGCUCUGCCUCUUCCUCAUCUUCACUAUCGUUUACUUCAGUCUCUGGAAGGGAGUGAAGACAUCAGGGAAGGUAGUGUGGGUGACAGCCACCUUGCCCUAUGUGGUGCUCUUCAUCCUGUUGAUCCGUGGUGCCACCCUACCAGGUGCAUGGAAGGGAGUGGUCUUCUACCUCCAGCCCAAGUGGGAGAAACUCUUCGAGACCAGUGUGUGGGUAGAUGCUGCGGCUCAGAUCUUCUUCUCCCUGGGGCCGGGCUUUGGGGUGCUCCUUGCCCUCUCCAGCUACAACCCCUUCACCAACAACUGUUAUCGUGACGCCAUAGUGACCAGCCUGGUGAACUGCCUGACCAGCUUCAUGUCUGGGUUUGUGAUCUUCACUAUGCUGGGGUACAUGGCAGAGAAGAGAAAUGUGAAUGUGGAGGAUGUGGCCAGAGACAAAGGUCCGAGCCUACUCUUCAUCACAUAUCCAGAGGCCAUAGCCAACAUGACAGGAUCAACGUUCUUCGCCAUUAUCUUCUUCGUGAUGAUGAUCACUCUUGGGCUUGACAGCACGUUCGGAGGACUGGAGGCUAUCAUUACUGCUGUGAUGGAUGAAUACCCUGAAUACCUGGCGCACAGACGGGAGCUGUUUGUACUGGGCUUGGUCGUUGUGUGCUUUUUGGGCUCCCUCAGCACUCUUACCAAUGGUGGGGCCUAUGUGGUGAAACUGCUGGAGGAAUUUGGGGUGGGUUCCUCCAUCAUUGCUGUUGGUUUUCUUGAGGCCAUCGCCGUUUCCUGGUUCUAUGGUAUCACAAGAUUCAGCAAUGACAUUAAAUCCAUGUUAGGCUAUUAUCCGGGAUUAUUCUGGAAGGUGUGCUGGGUGGCUAUUAGUCCUGCAUUUCUAGCGUAUAUAAUAGUGAGCUCCCUGCUCAAGCCUGCGCCCCUCCAACUCUUUGACUACAAGUACCCAGACUGGAGCAUUACGGUGGGCUACAUCAUCGGUGCCUCGUCCUUCAUGUGGAUCCCCAUCUAUAUGGUCUACAAGCUGGUGUGGACCCCCGGAUCACUGAAACAGCGCCUAGCUGUUUGUCUGAGACCUGAGAGGACCAUUAUGCCAGAGAUCCACACAGACUCCCUCAACAUGAGUACUGUUCCAUAGAAGCACCCACGUUGCCAAGAACCCAGCCAGGCACAUUAUGUUGCUACCAACAGACUCCUGAACGAGGGCCAAAUCAGCAGACAGAUCAAUCUCAUGGAGCGUUCAACAAAUAUUUUUUUCUGUAGCUCAAUGAGUACAAUAAACACAAAUAGUGUGUUAGUACAUCUGUAGAUGCUCUACAGAAUAUCUACAGACUAUCGGUAACAUUUCAACUAACUAUCUACUAAU